AUGCGACAGUUAGUACUCCCCUCCAUUCUUGUAGGGCUGCUGACUCAUGAGACCUCCUUCUGCAGCGCCCGCGCUCUCUCUCUUGGGGCUCAGGGGCCCCUGCUGAAUGAUGCAGCAGAUUUGGGAUUUGCUGCUGUCGAUAGUGCUGAAGACCCAGCAGCAGCAGCAGCAGCAGCAGCAGCAGCAGCAGAGCCCGCUGCGAGCCCUAGAAGCAGCAGCAGCAGCUGCCGCAGCAGCCGGUGGCGGCCGGCGAAUCAGCUGCUGCUGACUCCCGGCUCGCUGCUUCCCUGUGAAGCAGACCCAGCAGCAGCAGCAGCAGCAGCAAUAGACCCGGAAGCAGCAGCAGCAGCUGAGCCAGCAGCAGCAACAGACGCAGCAGCAGCUUUGGCCGCUGUUCCCCUUGAAGAGCCUGCUGCUGCUGAGGCUGUGGACACGGCGCAGCACCCAGCAGCAGCAGCAGCAGUCGACAGCAGCAGCAGCAGCAGCAGCAGCAGCAGCAGCAGCUGGUUCUCCACUUUCCUGCAGCACUUGGCCUACGCAGCAGCAGCACAGUCUGCUGCUGUUUCCGGCGUCUCAGUGUACUCUUCGCUGCUGCCAGCUGUCAGUCCCCCCGCUGCUGCUGCAGCAGACACAGCAGCAGCAGCAGCAGACACAGCAGCAGCAGCAGCAGACACAGCAGCAGCAGCAGCAGCAGCAAACAGCUGGCGAGACUGGGUCGCUGCCUUCUUUGCCAAAGUGGACCAAAAGCUGGAGGAGGGAGGGCCCGCCUUGUUUGCUGAAGUUUACGACUUCACCUU